AUGGCCGAUACCGACAGCCUCGAGGCCCUCCAGGGCCUGCACCGCGACUUGCUGGCCCUCUCCGAGUCGCGCCUGCCGAACAUCGACCGCCUGUUCGCCGAGCUGCUUGCGCGUGUCGAUGAGUUCAAAAAGCUUCUGGACAAGCCCCGCAAGAAUGACAGGAGUCGCGAGGCCCUCAGGAACGACACGCUCGAAUUCGACGGCGAGAAGUACCAGGUCAACGAUGAGUUCAAACAGGACGUCGUUCGCGCUGCCGACUUCAUAGACCUCGAUGAAAUCGAAGCUGCCAAGCUGUGCCUCGCCGCUCAAGACGAUGCUGUCGAGCUCGAUCGUUCGCUCUACGCCGCCGCUAUUAUCCGCUUCCACAAGCGCCGCCAGUUCCUUCUCGAAUCUCUGCGCCUCGUGCUGAAACAGUCCCACGACCCGGAGGGUAACGAAGAGUUCGCCACUCUCUUCGGCGAGUAUGUGCGCAAGGUCUUGGGUAUCGACGAGCAGAUGCGCUUGGAAAACGGCCAUGCCUACUGGCAGAAGUGCCUGGCCAGCAUGGGCGAUAUUGAGCGGUGGCUGCAGGGUUUGGCCGAUCUAAUGCUCGCUGGCAAUAUGGUUGGCAAGCCCGCUGAAGAGAUGGAGAUGAUCGACUUCCAGCGCACCAGCCUGACGCGCCAGCACGAGUCCCUGGCCGCCAUCUGCACCCAUCUGAUCAAGGCCGGCUACACCAGCAUUGACAACUUCCGUGGCCUCAUCAGCACCCUCAAGACAUUGAGCAAACACGACCUAGUCCUUGUCCACUACGUCCCUAUCGUCACCUCGUCCAUCAGCCAGCUCGUUUCUUCGGAGCGUUCGUCAUCACUGGAAGAUGCGCGCGCUCUCCACAAGGUCGUCAUCGCAGGAAAGGAGGGUGAUGGCUGGAAGCUUCGCAAUUUCCACUCUGCCGUCAUUGUGUGGUGGCUUGUUGAAUACAGCAGCAGAUACGUCGAUCCUGCUCCUUUGAACGGAGUCGACCUGGAUGUUGAAGCUGAAGAGCGAACACAGCUGUUUCUGGACUCCAUGAGAGAUGGGGCUUUCCACUUCAUGCUCUCGGUCAGCCAGGAUGUCCGACCGAACAGAUGGUAUGAUCCAGCAAAGGCUCGAUUGCUGUCCUUCGUCCUGCAGGAUGCACCCUCAUUACCCGCCGACUCGACGCCUAUUUCGGACUUCUUCCAGGUCGUCUUCACCGAACAAAUGCAGCUCUUUGUUGAUGCUUUCAUCACCAACAUGCCCGACACGCUACGGAAACUCAAAGUCGAGGAGGACGACAAGCGUCGAAUGAUCCAUUCGCGAUUCCAGCCCGGCCCCGUUGAGCAAGAGCUACAUCUCGAACGCUUCUUCCUCAUCAUUUCAUAUGCCUUUGCUGAAAGCCCUGAUGCCGCUCAGAACUUUUGGUCAGACACAGACGGCAAUCUCUAUGGCUUCUUGCAAUGGGCAGCCAAACGGCAAACCACACCGCGAGCCGCUGCAUUCUGUGAGAUGCUGAAGUCUCUGACCGAGGGCGAGGAUUGCGCUGCUGCUGCGCACAGGUUUCUACAGGAGGAAGGUGUUGUUGCUUCCGGCAAGCUGCGCCGAACCACUUCUUUGAGCUACCAGCACAUCUUGAGUGAGUUGCACUUUUACGCAACAAGCAUCAAGGAAAAGCCCAACCCUUCUCCUACGAUGCGCUACCAACGAUCUGCUCAAGAUUCCGAUGACUAUCUCGUCGAGCCUGAAACCGGCUUGAUGCUCGAAUGUCACUUGAGAUUACUUACUCACUUGUGCAGGGAAAGCUCUGAGGCGCGCAGCUGGAUCUUGAACAAUCCCAAUUUCCCUGUUGUGGACAUGCUUCUUCAGCUUUCAACCAUUCCCAUGGAGAGCCGGCUGAGGGCCAACGUCUUCAGCGUGCUCAGUUCCCUACUCGUCGCCAAGACCGCUGCAGUCGGAGACAGCAUAUGGACGCAACUGGAUUCCUGGAUCACUCACAACUCUGUACCGCAUGCCAUAACUUCACGCACUACCAACUCCAUCAGUGCAGAGAAGAUUCUCUUUGACACGGUUGCAACUGACUACGAUGAAGCAACGGCCUUCAUGAGCCUUUUGACGGCUCUGGUUGCGCCCUACGCUGACGAUACCGGACUGCACGACACUCUUCCAUUCCCCGAGACGCUUGGUUCCAGCUACCGCAUGCCAGGGAUUGACAAGUACGUCGAUUUCGCGCUCGAGCGUGUCUUCGGCCAGCUGUGCAAGAAGGUAGAGGAUCCACUGCAACUGCGUGUCCUGCGCUGGCAUUGCCUCAACUUCAUCUCGGUCUGCCUAUCCACCUUCAACGAAGAUCUUGUCGUCUUCGCUAACUCAUCAAAUCUGCCCGUGGACACUGCAAUGCACUCUUCCUCGUUACUUGCCUAUGUGCAACUCCAUCCUUUCGCUCGAGUCAUGGAAUGGCUCUUCAACGACAAUGUAAUCUCUUCCCUUUUCGCCGCUGCACAUCAAGAUGUUGCAGAAGUCAACGACUCGACACCUGAUUCCCCUCUGCUUCUGUCUUUGGUCAAGAGCAUCGAGGUGCUCGAUUUGGUCAUGACCCUCCAAAACACGUUCUUGGAUGUUGAAAGGGGCGGACAUCGAUCGAAGAAUGCCACACAGAAAAGAAAGGUUGCGAAUACGGCUCUAGCAUCGUUCGAGGAUGCAGUUCUCAACCACCUCUACGUUGUCGUAGACCUCGGGCUAUAUUGUGGUACAGGACAGCAGGAUUUGACUCUUUGCUCCAUCCAUCUGCUUGAAAAGCUCACUUCGUCACGCAAGCUCGUCGUGUCACCCAUGGCAGGCUUCGGACAACGGUCUGACCGGAGUAAAGUGAUUGGCAUCAUGGAGAAAGACAACGACUCAGAGCGAAUUGCGAAGGCUUUGACUUCGGAGAUGGGCCUUGAUCAAAGAGAAUUCGAACAAGGCCCAGAAGCACCAGGUUAUCUUAUCAAAAUGGGAAUCUUGGACUUCUUGAACAGCUGUCUCGAGGCCAUCCCUAACCGACCUACCGUCGCGCAUCUCCUGCUUGGCUUCAGCUGUGGAGUGAGCACGCUGGACAUCCCAGAAGAUGGUCUGUUUGUGACUGGACAUUCCUUGUUCCAUUCCGUCUUGCGCCUUGCAGUCGAAUAUCCAGAAAUGAUCAGCGAGUCUUUCACCCCAUGGUCCAGCGGGAUUAAGCAAAAGUGCAUCAACAUCCUGAUGAAACUCUGGAGAUCGCCUCUGUCAUCGGCAUUUGUCAUGACUGAGCUGCGAGCAAGCGAGUAUUUCCAAAGCCAGAUGCUGCGGCAACACCUCGUAGAUAACAACACCUUGUUCUCCGGCAGUAACAUUACCGACCCCGACUUCAUCUUCAACCCCUCUGCCAUUGCUCUUGAGAAAUUUCUCCAGCAGAGGACAGCCUUUUUCGAGUACACCGCCAGAGAACUUCGCCUGGUUGGGGGUUUGCCAACUCUCCGAGCGCGAAUGCAGACAACUCUACUCGGGGUAACCGUGCUUCCGGAUGGUGAGCAGAUGGGCAACCCGAGCGUCUUUGAUUUGUUCGAUUUCAUGGAGCUCGAGGUGGUGGACGAUUACGGUCUCCCUGAGCUGCCGUUGCUGGGCUCCAUGGACUUCAAAGUAUGCUUAUCCUCUGCCGGUCAGAAAUACGAUAUGCGGCACGUGGCGGAGUUGAUCACCAUCAGGUCAAACGAGCUGCGCAAGGCGGGUAGAAUCCUUUCGGCUGUGGAGGAGCAGCAGAUGUACGCAGAUGGCCAGCUCGUUUUGGGCUACCUCGUCGGCGUCAACCAGCGGAAAGAUAUCGCACGUGCUCGGGGCGAGGUCCUGAAAGCCUGGACUCAACUGAUGAUGGUCCUUUUGGAGAAGGGCGAGUUCGAUGACAGCACGAAAACUUCGUUCAUUCUUCAGGCCCUUCAAGUGAUCCUACCAAAGCUCGAAAAGGCUUAUGUCGAAGACGUCAGCCCUGCGAUAGACCUCGCCGAUCUCGCCCGCAGGUUGUUGGCAAAUGUCAACUUCAAGUCGAAGUCUAUUGAGGAGAAGGGAAGGACAAGCGAUCUUGCUAAAGACAGACUAUUACAGCUCUUCCGGGUGGCUCUGAGUGGAAUCUUCUGCUUGGUGUCCAAUGCGGAGUUGCGCGAGAUCUGCUACCAGAUUUGCUACCGCUACCUCCGUGGUACCUCGGACCAUGCGGGUAAACCUGCAAGUGCAGGUGGCUUUGGCCGCUCUUUCAGCGCAACUGCAACCCUGAAUGCAUCGGCAUUGGUCAAAAGCUCACAACAACCAUCGACUCUCACUUCUCAGACCAUGCGCACUGUCAGGUCGGCGGGAAGUAAAAUGAUCGAUGUGGUCUGCGACGACUCUUAUGCCGGUCAAGGGACAUGCAGGAUUUCUGCGCUUCUCUUCCUCGAUGCUCUUGUGGCACUCAGCGCUCGUGAAGAUGAUAGAUAUAUCAUCGACUCUCUCGUACGACUCAACUUCAUUGACGUGCUCGUAGACAGUAUCAAACUCAUCCCGACGGAGCUACGCAACACCGGCGCGGGCGAUAUACCACUCUUACUAUCCUUCAUCGACGCCUACCUAGCUCUCCUCCUUCGCAUCUCCCAGACCAGAGCCGGUGCCGCACAAGUCCUAAACGCCGGGCUUUUCUCCUCGGUCCGCGAAUCACAAAUCUUCUCAACAGACCCAGAUUUCGGCUUCGAAAUCGACAACCCGCACGCGCUGCGCAAGUUCUUCGACCUCAUGCUCGCCGUCCUGCGCGUCGUCAACGCCGUCGUCGUCGUGCGCGGCCCGCAGAACGCCCAGUGCCGCGCCCAGGCCCGCGACUUCGUCGCCGACAACCGCGCCAGCGUCGUCGCCGUCUUCAAGCGCGCCGCCCGCACCGGCACGGGCGAGCAGGCCACCGGCGCCGAGCUCGAGGAGCUCGUCGACAACCUGUGUCUGUUGAUGACGGCGGUCGGGUUCUUGGAGUACGAGGACCAACAGUCGCAGAGGCCGGGGAUGCUGGCGUCGUUCUCGUGA